UUUGGCCAACUCAGUAACGCGUACCUCCACGCUCCAACAGUCAGUGGAAAAACGGCGCCGUUUUCUUCAUCGUUCUCAGAAUCUCCACGAAGUUUUGUCCUUUCUCUCUCUACACUAAAUCUAAAACCCUUUUCUCUCUCUUCAAUCAAUCUAUCAGUGAAAAAUUUCUAGUCUCGACAUGUAUUUUACGCAGAAAUAGAGGAAGAAAAACAGAUCCAGAAUGUUCGAGAAAAGGAAGAAACAGAAGUGUUUUAUUAGUGAAGAAGAUAUAGCCACUCUCUUACAAAGGUAUUCAGUAACAACAGUGCUAAGAAUGUUGCAAGAGGUGGAACAAGUAGCAGUUGAGAAAAUUGAUUGGAAUGCAAUAGUGAGGAAGUCUACUACUGGGAUUACUAAUGCAAGAGAAUAUCAAAUGUUAUGGAGACAUCUGGCAUAUCGACAUGGCUUGGUUGAUAAAUUAGAUGAUGAGGCUCAACCUUUGGAUGAUAACAGUGAUUUAGAAUAUGAGUUGGAAGCUUUCCCUGCUGUAAGCAGUGAAACUUCAGCAGAAGCUGCAGCAGGAGUGAAGUUUAUGUUGCAUAUAACCAAUUGUGUGGUUUGUGGGAAUCUUGGGUUUGGACAGAUGCUAAUUGCUUCUGGGAUUCCAAAUGAUGCCAAUAUGUUAAAUGGUUCAACCAUUGAGGCUCCAUUGAUUAUAAAUAUACCAAAUGGCCAAACAUCUAGAACUGGUAUGGAUAAUUCAUUCCAAGGUACUUCUAUGCAUGGGACAAAUAUUAUAGUCCCAGUUGCAGUGCAAAGACAGCCAUUGUCAACUGUGGUGGCUGCUGAGGGAUUGGAUACUCAUGGACAAGGUUGUACCAAUUUGCCUCCUCGACGAAAGCGUAAACCAUGGUCAGAAGCAGAAGACAUGGAACUUAUUGCUGCAGUCCAAAAAUGCGGCGAAGGAAACUGGGCAAACAUUUUGAAAGGGGAUUUUAAGGGAGACAGAACAGCUUCCCAGCUCUCUCAGAGAUGGGCCAUUAUUAGGAAGCGACAGGGGACCAUGGUCGGGAAUGGCUCACAGCUUUCAGAGGCUCAGCUGGCAGCUCGUCACGCAAUGUCCUAUGCUCUUAAUAUGCCUAUUGGAGAUAAGUUGAAAGCAGCUUGUCCAAUUGGCACUGGCGUGGGACCUAAUUCGGGUGGUGGACCUAGUAACUCUUCUCAUCCUGUUAUUGCCGACUUGGCAUCUGGUGGUGCACAAUCCCAGCAUCAACAAGACCCGUUAUCUUCAAAACCUCGGAUAGUCCACCAAAAGCCAGCACCAAAGCCUACUACGAGACCAGAUUCAAUGGUCAAAGAUGCUGCUGUAGCUGCAGGGGCCCGCAUUGCUACCUCUUCGAAUUCUGCCUCACAGGUGAAGAUAGCACAACCUAAAAUUCCCCUCCAAAUACCUGGAAGAGGUCCUGCAGUCAAAUCAUCCGUCCUAGGUAGUACAAAUGGCUUGCCCAGUAAUGUGCACUUUAUUCGUACCGGUCUGGUGUCCCAUUCAGCUGCCCCAUCAAAGGUCGUGCAUUCCGCUGGCCCAUCAAAUGCCUCACGACCUGGAGCUCAGCAGGUGUUGAGCCACUCUUUGAAACCCGCUUCACCCACAGUUCAACCUAAACCAAUUGGUAAUACAUCCAGACCAAAUGCUUUAGCUGAACGCAAUGCCCCAACAAGUGCUCCAGUUGCUGAGCUUAAAGUAAAUGCUAAGCAAGAAGUUCUCCAUAAAGUUCAACAAGAUCAAACUCCUCCAUCAGUCAACCCAUUGAUAAAGAAAGCCGGUGAAUUGAAAGAGCAAAAAAAAGAGGAUCGAGAUCCUGUACAUGCUAAUGCUCCGGGUGUUCAGGUUCAAGAAAAGUUGAUUAGUUUGCCAGGUCGGGAGAUAACCAACAAUGAUACUAGUGAUCCCAAUAAAGUUACGGCUAGAACUGAAAAUGGGAGUACUAAUGGAGGUGAUCAUCCCCGUAUGGAACAAACUGAGAAUGGGAAAAAUAAAAUGGAGUGACACUAGGUUGGACCAACUUUGAAUGUAAAGUUAGAUUCAUGGUUGAUUGUUCUUAUCUACCCUUGGGUGGUUUUGCUUUCUUUUUGCCUUUUUGAUGUAAUUGUGUAGGUUUCUUGCAAUGCAUUGUCUAUAAUUAGGUGACAAAUUACAAUUCUUUGAUACUUCCUCGUCAAUUGUUGAAUAUUUCCAUGUGUUGUUAUUUUGUUA